AAGUGCCCACUGAAGGUUCAUCCAGCCUAUCCACCUCCACCAAGACCUUGGCCAAGUGCCCCACAUCCCCAGGCACACCAACCUCAUUUGCCUCAUAAGCCACCCUGUCAUAAGCCAAAACCUCCAACAAGACCUGCAGGGCCUGAAAGGAUUACAACUAAAGGCCCAAUUACUGCAACCAAGGGAUCAGAUGCAGUCACCAGGACACCUGAAACUCUGUCUUCAAUGGCUGCUACCACUGUCCGAGUGACAUCAACCAUUAACUCAGCAAUAGGUGCUGUCUCCACUACAACUGCAUCUGUGACAUCAGUGGCACCUUCAGUAGAAUCUACAUCACAAGAAUCUACUGCUUCCAGCUCUACAACCUCCAUAAACCCAGAAGCUGGCUCUACAACCCUCUUAACCUCUGCCUACACUAUUGCACCUAAUUUUACCAUAGAGAACUCAGAAACUGAAGCAAAUACAGCAAAUGACAACACUUUUCCAUCUACAGUUGAUUCCACCAUUCAGGUUGCCUCUACAACUUCAGCAAACCUAGGUACCACAUCCUCUGCUAUGGCUGCCACCACUGCUGCAGCCACAACCUCCACAGGUGUUGUAACCACAAAUGUAGGGAUUGGUGCCACCAGUGCUGGUGCUACCUCACCAUCAGCCAGUGCUGCCACAACUCUUGCUUCUGCUACCACAAAAAUACCUGGAACUGCUAGCACAGCUUCUGGUUCUGUCACAACCACAGUUGCACCUGGAGCCACAUCCACAGAUGUGCCAAGUUCUAUAACCACCAGUGCACCUGGUCCUACCACCACAGCUACAUCAAUUUCUGUUAUCACACCAGUGGAUGAGACUACCACUGAACCAGUGGUCGACACAACCACUGAAGCUGAUGAGACUACCACUGAACCAGUUGUCAACACAACCACUGAAGCUGAUGAGACUACCACUGAACCAGUGGUCAACACAACCACUGAAGCUGAUGAGACUACCAUUGAACAAGUGAUGGACACAACCACUGAAGUUACCACUCCAGUGGAUGAGGAAACCACAGAAUCAGCUGAUGACACAACUGUAGCUUCUACAACAAGUUUACCUAAUGAGGUCACAACUGGUGCAAUGGGCUCCACAACCUUGGAAACAGACCUCACAUCCACUGCUACUACAACCACUGGAUCCUCAACCCCAACACCUCUGGGAACAAUCACCACAACAACAGCAGCCUCUUCAACCCUAAAGCUAGACACGACUACCAGUGGUGUGGUCACAACCUCAGCCAUUGGUAUUACAGCUGCAGCUCCUGGUACAACUGUAGCAGGUGCUGACACUUCAGCUCCUGUUACUUCUAUUACAACUGCUGUUCCUGGCACAACUGUAGCAGGUGCUGACACUUCGGCUCCUGUUACUUCAGUGUUUCCUACUGAACUUGGUGUAUUGACUACUCUGAGUGAAACUACCACCCAGGCUUCUGUAGCUACAAGUCCAGGGGAAAAGUCUACCACUGGGCCAGCAGAUGACACAACCACUGAAGCUACCACAACUGGACCUGCUAAUGCCACAGCCCCAUUAGACUCUACAUCUCCAGUUGUAAGUACAACUGUUUCAGCUACAACUAGAAUAUCUGAGGGAGCUGCCACCAUAACUACUUCAGCCUCCACAACUCCAGGGGUUGAUGCCACCACAAGUGCUACUACUAUACCUAGAGUCACUAGUACCACAUCUCCUGAUGCCACCACAUCUGUAUCUACUACAGCAACAGCGCUUCAGCUGCAACCACAGUCCCCAUAGCAGCCAGCACUGGAACAACAGCAGCUUCCACAAGUAUUGUGACCACACCAUCAAUCUCAGGAGCCGCAACUAUUGCCGGUACAAGUGUACCAGGUAUUGCCACUGCCAAUACCACCCCAGUUACUAUUGCCUCUACUGAUGAACCAGAUAUUUCAACCACUGAAGCUACAACUCUAGAGAAUGAGGAAACUACUCAAUUUGCAUAUGACACUACCACUGAAGUUCCCACUACAACUCUAUCACUUUCCAUCACAGAAGCUGAAAUAACUGCCACUGAUGGUGAGGUCACUACUGACUCAGCAGAUGCUACUACUCUUCCUGCCACAAGUAUGGCAGCUACCACAACUCCUGCAGAGUCCACAGAACCUUCUGUAGUUUCCACAGCUGCAACAGAUACUACCACUCCACCUCCUGAAGGAACCUCUACUGCCACAGCCAUCACAGCAGGAACCACAACCAACACAUCUGAAACUGAUGCUAUCACCACUGCCCCAGUAGCAACCUCUGGUCCUACAACUACAGUGGCCAUCAAUACAGCCUCCACUGAAACCACUACUGCUGCUGACGGUGGCACAGAAGCACCAUCUGUUACCACAACCACAGAAAAUUCACCUACAACUGGCGAGAACCCUCCUUUUACACUGUAAAAGCAAUAUAGCAGCAUGUCUCAAGCACCUGGUAACAGGUAAAUUACUGCAUGCAAAUAACGAAAUGAAGAAAUUCAGUAGUGUUCUAUAUAUUUCUAAAUAGCUUAUGUUAUGGCUCGUUACUCUUGAUCUGCCCCAACUCUUUGCAAUUCUAUAAAAAAAAAGCAGAUAUUCUCCCAUUUUACAAAUAGGAUACAGAGUUGUGGGAUUUGCUCAAAUUCAGAACACAUGGUGGUAAAGCCAGGGCUUGAAUCCCAAUGCUCUAAUACUUAGCCAAAAGUAAGAAAGCUUAGAAUUCUAGAAUAGUGAUCCUUGAAGAUAUUUUAGUAGACAGCUGAAUCACAAUCACUUGGCUUAUUUUUCAAAAUAAAGGUUACUGAGCUCUGCCAUUCUAGAUACUAUAUAUACUUCUCAUAAAAUAUUUGAGGGAAGUGAGGAGUCUGAUGAGGUUAAGGGUGUAAAAAAAAAAAGACAGUAUUUCAGAAAGGUAAAUUGGCAGAUAUAUAAGCUCAAACAUGAGAAUGAAUAUCACAGUUAAGAAACCAUAAGCACUUGUACUUGACUGAGAAAAAGUGAAACCUCCAUUAAGUUCUGAUAGAAAUGAGAGCAUAAUACUACUAUUAAGAAAGAAAGUCCUUGGAGAAGAAAAUAUAGAAAAUUUGUAGUCAUAAAGAUACAAUAUAACAAAAAACUAGUCUGGAUUACGGCACCAUGAUAUAAAAUUCUUAAAAUAGAAGGAGCAGAUCUGGGACUAUUUCAGAGAAAAGAUUGCUGGAAUGUUAAUCUAUCAACAUUUUAUAAAGGUUUUUUUUUUUUAACAAAACAUAGAUAAAAACAUUCUAUGUAGUAGUAAUGAUGGUUUAGGCCUUAAACACAGCUAGUUAGUUCCCUAUACUUUACUCUAAACAUAAAACGUCUAACUAGAUAUGUUUUACUCUAAAAUAGAAUUAUGAGCUGUCAGGAAAAUAAGAAGAGUGGUGCUGGGAGCAGGGGCAGGUGAGCCAUGUAGAACAGCCCAUUAGAAUGACCCAUUUCACUUUAGAAAUAGAAACUAGCGAUUUUAAAUCAAAUAGGUGAUAUUUAUAGGACAAUAGGAAUUAAUUUUAUAUUUCUCAACCUUUUUUUCGAGGUAAUACUCUACCUAAAUACUAUGUUUCUCACCUUAACUUUUGCCAAUAUUGCCUCGAGAGUUGACUAUCAUCGUACUUCAGAAAUGAGACCAAUCUAGAAAUUUUUCUUUUUUUAACUCUCUUAUCUCUAAAUGUGUUCAUUUUUACUUCUUCAGCUUUUGUUCAAUAAAUCAUUUUGAAAAGCA